AUGACACGAUACGGCAUCCCGAGGAUGACACAAUACAGUAUCUUGAAGAUAAUACGAUAUAAUAUCCCGAGGAUGAUACAAUACAGUGUAUCGAAGAUGAUACAAUACAGUAUACCGAAGAGAAUACGAUACAGUAUCCCGAGGACGAUACGAUACGGCAUCCCAAUACAAUACAGUAUCCAGAAGAUAAUACGAUACAGUAUCCCGAGGAUGAUACAUUACAGUAUACCGAAGAUGAUACAAUACGGUAUCCCAAGGAUAUUACGAUACGGCAUCCAAAUACAAUACAGUAUCCCGAAGAUCACACAAUAUGGUAUCCCGAGGAUGAUACGAUACGGCAUCCAGAGGAUGACGCGAUACGGCAUCCCGAAGAUGAUACGAUACAGUAUCCCAAAGAUAUGAUACAGUAUCCCAAAGAUAUGAUACAGUAUCCCAAGGAUAAGACAAUACAGUAUCCUGAGGAUGAUACGAUACAGCAUCCCGAGGAUGAUACGAUACAGCAUCCCGAGGAUGAUACGAUACGGUAUCCAAAUACAAUACAGUAUCCCGAAGACGAUAUGAUACAGUAUCCCAAAGAUGAUAGGAUACAGUAUCCCAAAGAUGAUACGAUACAGUAUCCCGAGGAUAAUACGAUACAGAUGAUAUGAUACGGUAUCCUGAAUACAAUACAGUAUCCUGAAGAUAAUACAAUACAGUAUCCUGAGAAUGAUACGAUACAGUACCCUGAAGAUAAUACAAUACAGUAUCCCGAAGAUAAUACGAUACAGUAUCCCAAGGAUAAUACGAUACAGUAUCCCGAAGAUGACGCGAUACGGUAUCCCGAAUACAAUACAGGCGAUACCAUACGGCAGCCCGAGGACGAUACCAUACGGCACCCCGAGGACGAUACCACACAGCAUCCCCGGACGAUACCGUACGGCAUCCCCGGACGAUACCGUACGGCAUCCCGAGGACGAUACCGUACGGCAUCCCGAGGACGAUACCGUACGGCAUCCCGAGGACGAUACCGUACGGCAUCCCGAGGACGAUACCGUACGGCAUCCCGAGGACGAUACCGUACGGCAUCCCGAGGACGAUACCGUACGGCAUCCCGAGGACGAUACCGUACGGCAUCCCGAGGACGAUACCACACAGCAUCCCGAGGAUGAUACCAUACGACGUUCCUCAGCGUUCCCAUUGGCUAAAACUUCCGUAGCGUGGCGAGGUCUCGUGGCGCCAAUUAUGGGCGUACGACGCGACGCACGAGAGCUUGAUUUCCUGCGUUUGAGCCACAAGACGCCAGCUGACAUUCAACAGAUGCUGAGGGAGCAUCCUCGUGUCCCACAAUGCUUUGCUGGGGACCUUCCCGUGUCUCGCCAGGACCCCCUAUUCCCUGACACGUGUGCGUGUCCUGCUGUCACCCCGUCCCUGAUCGCACACGCUAACGCACUCAUGCACACACGCCAUCGACACAACAAGACCAUGCACUCUUUCUACCAGAGCAGAUGA